UAGAAGAGUUGUUGAUCAAGAUGAUGUUGACUACCAUAUCGCUCGCUGUGAUUGGAUUAUUCUUGGUGGUAACGCCUGUCGAGAUGAACAACCCUGAAGUCGGAUGUUAUAGAAGCUGUAGAUGUCUGUUAUAUAAAGUGUUUUGCCGUAAUGACCAUUCUACGUGGGAUUGGUCAAAAGACUACUGUGAGAACCUGGGUGGUAGCCUAGCAACUAUCGAUCAGCAAUCAACGCACAAGGCAAUAAAAAAGAUUAUCAAGGAAACAGAAGGAGUAAACGAACGGAAAUGUCACAACUGGGGUUUCUGGAUUGGAUAUUACGACCCACGUGACCCCAAACCAUCUCGUCAUAAGGCACAUCCUGAGUUGUUUGAAUGGUUGCAGACUGACCCACCAUGUGUUCAGUUCGUAAAGUGGGCAGAAAACCAACCUAACGAUCAAAUCGAAGAAGACGCUGGUGGACAGAACUGCGUUCAGUUAUGGUAUAAACCGAAAGCCAAAGGUGACUUUGAUGACGAGUAUUGCUACGAGAAGAAAGGAUUUGUGUGCAUGUUUGAGGAAGAAUGUCCAUGUGCGAACGAUUCGUGUGAAUAGUACAUCCAACAAUAUAUGGAGAAACAUACAAACAAAGCUUCAAGUUAUAGUUUUCUGAUAUAGUUACUAAAUAUGUUUUCGCUACUCAAUACUAUUGAGUAUUCUGUUCAAUCUCGCUGUACUUAAUACAUAUGUAGUUACGAUUAGUAUUAAAAUGUAAUAAUAUAUCUAA